GGCCGCGCUGUGAGGCGCCAGGGCCUAGCGGCCGCCGCGGUCGCGCCGGAGGGGCACGGGCCCCGCGCUCGCCCGCCUUCCUCGCGCUCUGCGGCCCCGCCUCGGCUCGCGGCCUCAGCCGCCGGCCGCCAUGGCCUUCGCCGCCGGGGAGAGCGCGGGCUCGGGGCGCAGGCGGCCGCCGCGGCACCGGGCGCUGCGCGGGCUGCUGCUGCUCUGCCUGUGGCUGCCGAGCGGCGGCGCGGCCGGGCCGCCCUCCGCGCCUCUGUCCGAACUGCACGCGCAGCUGUCGGGAGUGGAGCAACUGCUGGAGGAGUUCCGUCGGCAGCUGCAGCAGGAGCGGCCGCAGGAGGAGCUGGAGCUGGAGCUGCGCGCGGGCGGCGGUCCCCAGGAGGGCUGCCCGGGCCCGGGCGGCGGCGGCUACAGCGCCAUGCCGGACGCCAUCAUCCGCACCAAGGACUCCCUCGCGGCCGGCGCCAGCUUCCUGACCGCGCCGGCGGCCGUGCGGGACUGGCGGCAGUGCGUGGCGGCCUGCUGCUCGGAGCCGCGCUGCUCCGUGGCCGUGGUGGAGCUGCCCCGGCGGCCCGCGCCCCCCGCCGCCGCGCUCGGCUGCUACCUCUUCAACUGCACCGCCCGCGGCCGCAGCGUUUGCAAGUUCGCGCUGCACCGCGGCUACAGCAGCUACAGCCUGAGCCGCGCCCUGCAGGGCGCGCAGGAAGACCCGGAUGCCUCGCCUCCCAUGGAAAAGGAUGAGCCUCCACUCAGCAAGGCUGGACAGGAUGUGGUUUUGCACCUGCCUACAGAUGGAGUGGUUUUGGACGGCCGUGAGAGCACAGACGACCAUGCCAUAGUCCAGUAUGAGUGGACAAUGUUGUUGGGUGACCCAUCAGUGAACAUGAAGGUACCUCAGUCAGGAACCCUGAAGCUGUCCCACUUACGGGAAGGAACAUAUACCUUUCAGCUCACUGUGAUGGACACUGCUGGGCAGAGAAGCUCUGACAACGUCUCAGUGACAGUGCUGCCCAUGACCUUCUCCACAGGAGGUGAGAGGAAAGUCCUUCCUUUGCAUUCACAAUGGCUGACAGAAACCAGCUACUUACAGAAACAUGGAUGCUCGAACGUUUGCUCACGCUACCACUUCUCUUGUGACGACGGCUGCUGCAUUGACAUCAUGCUGGCUUGCGAUGGAGUGGAGCAGUGUCCUGACGGGUCCGAUGAGGCUUUCUGUCAUAAUUUGAGCCUUGACCGGAAGACGGUGACCCACACAGCAACCGCCCAGCCUAGAAUCACAGGACCAAUCAAAGAUGUAGCAGGAGGCUCCUUCUUGGAAAAGUCCCACAAAGUGACUGUCCCAAACCAGCCACUGGUGGUAUCAAACACAGAGAAGAGGAAUCAUUCCACUUUUUGGGGACCAGAGAGUCAGACUGAUCCUGUGAUGCCAGAUAGUGGUUCCUCAGGGAAGAACAGAAAAGAAAAAAAUUAUAUUUUUGAAUCAAACAGCGAUCGAGGAGGAGGGGAACACCCAGCCCCAGAAACAGGUGCAGUGCUACCCUUGGCCCUGGGUUUGGCCAUCACGGCUCUGCUGCUUCUCAUGGUCGCUUGCCGACUACGCCUGGUGAAACAGAAACUUAAAAAAGCUCGUCCCAUUACGUCUGAGGAAUCCGACUACCUCAUAAAUGAGGGAAGCUUGUCCACGAUUUGCUGCUCAAACAUGUUCGUGUGUCUCACGUCUCUUCCUGAGAAAAGGCCCAUCUGAGCCACCUUCCAGAAAACUCAGAGCUUCUUUCCUCCCGUCUCUACAAGCAGACAACAGCCAGCCUCCAUCCUUCCAGAAGCUUGAAUGCCAGUCACUCGAGUAUCAGGUUUGUUCUCUUCCACAGGAAAAUAACAGAAUAUCUUCAUCUUUCUCCUCCUGACUUUUCAUAAUCUGUGAUUCGGCUCCAUGAUUCACUUUCACACUUCCCAGCCCUCCUCAGUCACUGAGGGCUGUUUCAUGUUGUCCUUUAUCAUAUUUUCCCGCAACCCAAACGCGGGGAUGCGUAUUUCUAUUUGUUCUUCAGUUUUGCCGUUCAGGGCAGACCUUGCCGAUGAAUUAACUGGACUUCACGUACAUAAACAUAGGACAGUGCGCUGUGGCCCGGGGCACGGGGCCGUUUGGGUCCUCACAACGUGCUGCCUGCAUCACAGUCAUGAUGCUCCGUAACAGCAGCUUCUGGGCCUGGGAUCAUCACUGGGGGUCUCUUAAGUUACACUGUCCCCAGUUCGAUGUUUGGGGAUUGUACCGUUUUGUUGCUAGCAGCGUGACUCUCAAUUAUUUGUUCUCUUUACUGGACUCUAAGUUUUGUCUAACUGUUGGUGUUAAAACCGAAUGAGGAUUUCUAACGAAAAACUGCCCAAGCCAAAUAGAAAAGCUUAGUUUGCUGUUCACAAAUGUUCACAUCUCCGUGGCUUUUUAAUCAAUUGUGAUGCUGACUUUUUGGGGGGGGCACUGGCCCUAUUUUUCCCAGCUCUUUUGUCCUGCUCAAUUCUCUCUAGUAUUCUAAAUAAAGUGCAUAUUUUAUAGCUA